CGGUCACACUGCAGUCACACCCAAACAGCCAUCAAGCCAAACAAACAACGAGGAAACCAGCGAAAUUCCCAUAGAAUUUCCCAAGCAAAGGAUGCGAAAAUCUUCCCACAUUGCACGCGAGGAUUCCCAGGAGCACCUGCCCACCAGCCAAACCCAAAACGUCCACACGGUGAACAUGAAGAGGCGCACUUUAUCCGGAAGCUGUGGCGUUGGCGUCUUCGUGUUUGCCUUUGCCUUCAUUGUGAUUGCAUUUGCAACGCCCAGUUGGUUGGUCAGCGAUUACCGCAUCACGGGCGCCAAGCUGGACCGCCUGGGAUUGUGGGUGCACUGCUUCCGGUCGCUGCCGGAUGUGAAUGACGACAGCCAGCGGAGGUUCUUCGUGGGCUGCCGCUGGGUAUACGACCCAUUCACCACGGGCUACGACGAGAUCCGGGGAUUCCUGCUGCCCGCCUUCAUGAUAGCCACUCAGUUCUUUUACACCCUGGCCUUCAUCGGGAUGCUAUUGUCUGCCAUCGGUGUGCUGAUCUUCUUCCUGUGCGCUGGACCUGAUCAGAAGCACUUCAUCACACUCAUCCGAUCAGUGGGCUAUGUGCUCCUGGGAUCCGGAGUGAGUGCAGCCAUUGCGGUGAUAGUUUUUGCUGGAUUCGGCAACCGAAAUGGCUGGAUGCCGGAGCAUGCGAACAACUGGUUUGGUUGGUCCUUCAUCCUGGCCUGUGUGGGUACAGUGUUCACCCUGGUGGCGGCCACUUUGUUCCUCAGUGAAGCCCAUGUGCAGCACAGGAAGCGGAUUCAGUUCAAAGAGUCGCAGACGCGAUUCGAGCUGGUGCGCGGAUAGUCGCCGUCCCAGCCACUGGCACACAUGCACCAAGCAAAACACAGAAACUACGAGCAAAUUAAGAGGAGAGUAACACUAAAACAUUCCGUCCCCACGAUGAAUUCUCAGCCUAAUCAUUACAGUCGAACUUCUCCAAGACGAAACUUCCAAAGUGAAAAUUUCAGAAAGUUAACAUUUUGAAACUAAGUUUUCUGCUAGAACAAUUUUUGUAUUUAACUCACCAGAAUCCCUAAUUUUUUAGUAGUUAAAAAACCUUAAAAAGGAGUUUAAUGUUCAAAUGACGAAAGACUAAAUUCUAGUUUCAACAGCAUACUUUUAGACAAAUUUUGAAAUACCUUCAGAGACUUCUGAGGCAAUCGUAAACCAAAAUUAUUUAUUUAAAAUCCUAAAAUUUUUCUUUUUUAAGUUUCAACAAAUUUUGUUUUAAAAAAGUAUUUAAUCAAAAAACAUGAUAAUAAGCUUAACAAAGUAUUUAUUUGUUUGCCGCUUAACAAUUAAAAGGAAGUUUAAUUUGUAGAAGUUCGACUGUAAAUAUAGUUUUUAGUUAAAAAAGUUUAUGCAAUUGACAGCCACACCGCAUCACAAGCUUUCAGUUUUUGGUACUUAUUAAUCAUCCAUCCAAUCGACAAGAUCAGUUCCAAACGAAGACUGAAUGUUUUUUUUCGAAUGAAAACCGCAUAAUUCGCACUGCUACCAUCAAACGAACACGCUCAACCAGAUGACUCAUGUUCAUGUAGAGUAUUCUACAAUAUUUGCAUAUCAAUUUUCGCUCAAUUAACGCCCAGAGACAACUGCCGUCCCCCCUCAACAGUUGUAACUACUUUUUUUUUGCAAAGUCGCAGGCUAGUUGAAACUAGCAACGAAAUAUUACACUCGUGCCUUAAUUAGAGAGAACUAUUUUGGUAUAGUUUAUAGUGCCUAUAAACAAAUUAUUGUUAGAUACCUGACCGACCGACCUGCGAUGACCCCAAAAAGACCCAUUGGAUUGCAUAAACUUCUGCUAAGCUAGUGCCUUAAUUAAGAGCCCAGAGAAAGCUAAGCGAAUUCCGACCACUAUCUUUUCUACUCGAAUAUUACCUUCUUUUAAAGGUAUGAAACAACUAGUAUGUAUUAGUAACUGUUCAUCUUUUGCACAAAAUUUGUAUUUGUAACAUAUUCUAAACCAAGAAUUUAGCAACGUAUUAAAAGCAAUACAUCCGUCCUUUACCCCCAUAUACAAUAAUAUUUGUAACAUUUUUUAUGUACAAACGACAUUUAGCUAAAGCGAAGAAUAAUAAAGUUUUUAUUGUAUACAACA